UCACCUUCUCCUCCAUUCUCUCACUCCGCAUUCUAAGCUUCCAAAAAUUACUGGUUUUGCCUUGAAAAAAUCAUCAUGUACGACACAUCUUCGAAUUGUUCCAAAAAUAAAAAUUAGAAAUAAGAAAACGUUUGUUUUCAACGCCGACGCGGGACUGUGCUAAUCAGCUUGACUAUCCAUGGCUGCGCUGCUGAGAAAGGUUUGGGAAUCGGUUUCGAGAAGUUCAAAGGCGACCUCUGAAUCGUCUGAUCGGCGCGUGGUGGUUCAGUCGUCGACCGGCGCAUUCACUCACAUACCUUCCGAUGUCUUCAUGCAUAUUCUCCAGUUUCUCGAGCCCAGGGAAGUUGCGAAGUUGAGCCUUGUUUGCAAGUAUUGGAAAUUUCUCGUUUCCGAUAAUCAACUCUGGCUUUACUUGCUCCAGAAGGAACAGAACCAACCCGGUUCUUGGGAUUCACUUGUUUUCGCCGAGACCCAUUUGCAGAUGGGCUACCCUCUUCUGACAUUCAAUGAUCAGAUGCCCGAGUUACCUUUCAUGCAUAUUUUUGGCCAACGAGCAAAAGCCCCGGGCGCUAUUAUUAUUGAUGGUGGGUCUGGCUAUUGCAAGUAUGGAUGGAGCAAAUAUGAUACUACCACUGGGAUGUCGGCAACAUUUUUAGAAUUUGGAAACAUUGAAACGCCAAUAUACUCCAGGCUUAGACAUUUUUUGGCAACGAUUUAUAGCAGAAUGCACGUGAAGCCAUCUGCACAACCAAUUGUCUUAUCUGUUCCAAUCUGCCAUUAUGACGAUAAUGAAUCUGCUAAAGCAUCUCGAAGGCAGCUAAAGGAAACCAUUCAUUCAGUCUUGUUUGAUAUGAACGUUCCUGCUGUUUGUGCCAUCAACCAGGCAACCUUAGCUUUGUAUGCAGCAAAGCAAACUUCAGGAAUUGUUGUUAAUAUUGGUUUCCACUGCACAUCUAUUGUUCCAAUUUUACAUGGAAAAGUGAUGCGCAAGGUGGGUGUGGAAGUUGUGGGAAUGGGAGGAUUGAAACUCACUGGAUUUCUCAGGGAGCGGAUGCAGCAGCAAAAUAUGAACUUUGAGUCACUUUACACUGUUCGCUCACUGAAAGAGAAUCUGUGUUAUGUUGCUGCUGACUACGAAGCUGAGCUAUCUAAAGAUACACGGGCAUCAUUUCAAGUUGCAUCAGAAGGUUGGUUUACUCUUUCGAAAGAGCGCUUUCAAACAGGAGAGAUACUAUUCCAGCCAAGAAUGGCAGGAGUCACAAUGAUGGGUUUGCACCAGGCAGUAGCACAUUGCAUGGACCAUUGCCAAUCUGCUGCGAUAACAGCUGAUGAAUCUUGGUUCAAGACUGUAGUCUUAGCAGGAGGAAGUGCAUGUUUACCAGGACUAGCAGAAAGGUUAGAAAAGGAACUGCAUGGACUUGUUUCCCCAUCUGUAGCCAAUGGCAUUAGAGUCCUCCCUCCUCCUUAUGGUCAAAAAUCUGCAUGGUUUGGGGCAAAGAUUAUCAGCAAUUUGAGCACCUUCCCUGGGAGUUGGUGUAUGACAAAGAAGCAGUUCCGACCAAAGGUGAGACGCAACCUCAUGGUGACGAUAUUUAACUAGUCGUCAUAGUCUGAUUCUUAUCUUUAUGGGAGCAGCAAAGGUUUCAUGUGGAGGCAAAACCAUAGUUUGAUUUUGUGCAAGUUGUUUGCUAUCUAUUUAUUCUUGAUCAUUCAAGUGUAAUCAUCCUUGAAUAAAAUUCUCUUGCAGCAUUUCCUGUAAUUUCAUUUAUUAUCAGCACCAUAAGCAUACAUGCUGUUAGCUGUCAAGAAAUUGAUUGUAUUAUGACAAGCACAAGUUCUGUACCUUACUGAGACUUAAUCAUAUAUAGAUAUAGAGUUAAUUGUUAA